UUGGGAACCGCUGUCCCGGACUGGCCGACCUCUGCUCUCCGGCUCUCUGCCUCCGACUCCGCCUCUCUCAGCACCAAACACACGAGCGACCGACUCCCCAGCCUGCCUGCCGCCACCCCGAAGCCCCUUCCAGCUCCAGCCUGCAUGCCUACUCCCCAAACCGGACUCCAUACUUGUGUCCCAGCGCGAGCCCGUUACUCUCACGCCAAAUGUCCUCCUAGUUGUGCCGGAAGAACCAAAAGACAACUUGAGAAGUACAAUAGGGCUGUAUCGGAUAAGUUUUUCCUCUUUGCCCCCAGUUUUCGGGGCAGGACAGCACGGGCGGGCCGGUGGGGGGACAGCAGACCGUAGGAUGUGGAUCUGGUACCUUCUGCUUGGUUCGGGGUCAGGCUCAAGAAUUGUUGAGAGCCAGCUGCUCCCAGGGAAUAACUUCACCACCGAGUGCAACAUCCCUGGAAAUUUUAUGUGCGGAGAUGGGAAGUGUGUCCCAGGUGGGUGGCAGUGCGACGGAUUGCCUGACUGCUUUGACAAGAGCGACGAGAAAGGCUGUCCUAAGGUCAAGUCAAAGUGCGCCCCUACAUUCUUCGCCUGUGCUAAUGGUGUCCACUGCAUCAUCGGACGCUUCCGCUGCAACGGCUUCAGUGACUGUCCCGACGGGAGUGACGAGGAGAACUGCACAGGCAACCCACUGGUGUGCUCAGAGGCUCGCUUCAAGUGUCGAAACGGCCACUGCGUAGACCGCAGCUUCCUGUGUAACGGCCAGGACAACUGUCAGGACAACAGCGACGAGGAGCUCUGCCUAACUACAGCAGAGGCUCCGGGGCAGGACUUUGUGACACUGGACUAUCGUCUGCGCUACUACCCCAGCAUCACCUAUGCUGUCAUCGGCAGCGCCAUUAUCUUUGUCCUGGUGGUGGCGUUGCUGGCCUUGGUGCUCCAUCACCAGAGGAAGCGGAGCGUCCUGCUGCCCAGAGGCGUACGAGGGAGCUCGCACCACCACCACCAGCCCCUGCUGCUGUCCCGUCUGGUCAUUUUGGACCGGGGCCACAUCCAUCAGGGAGGUCCAGGUCUGUCCCCCGGCUCGCCCACCACAGCGGGCCAUUACAGCUCAACCCCUCAGGCGCUGCAGCUGCUGUCCGGGACCCUUUAUCCCUCCGGACUCUCCAUGGACUCACCUCCAUCAUACUCACAAGCUGUUCUGGAUGUCAGCCGGCCUCCCUGGUUUGAUCUCCCUCCUCCCCCGUACCUCUCAGAUGGGGAGCUUCCAUCAGAGGGUGAGCUGCCUCAGUACGAUGGCCCACAAGACCCUUCGAGUCAUCCUACGGCGCAGCCCCCUGCACCCUCCACACCCAGAACUGUGGCCUCGGGCACGCAGCCCAGCUCAAGCUCCAGAGAGGAGUCGGACCAGCUGUAGCCUCUGCCUUAGUAGUUAGAACUCAGAGACUGCAGGGCUGAAGGGCCAGGCUGCAGGGCCACGUGAGGCCAGGAGAGUCCACAGCAAAGACAAGGACUAAGGCUGUAGACUCGGUGUCCUAAAGUUGCUGCCUACACACCGGCCUGCUGAGGCACUGGACUGAGACGAGCUCAUCCUGCUAGACUGAUCUUGUGUGCUGGCUCCCCCUGCUGGGGUCUUCGCUGCACUACAGCUUAAUCAGUUAUUCAUCCAUUGGUUCAGUUGUGCUCCCCUUGAAAAAAUACUGUGUACGAUACCUAACAGCGACCACGACCUGCAUCUCCAAAGGAGCAGGAGUUAAACUGCCAUCCAUAAACAUAUCAUUCAUGAUAACAGCAACAUCUGGCACCUGAAAUGGUCACUGUGUUAUAGUAUAAUCAUGACACAGUGGUGUUAUUCUCUUUGGUGUCACACACUUACUUACAUUUCACAUCUACAGUGUUUUCCACAGAGGAGUUUAUAAUAGAUUUUUAUUAUUGUGUUAAAUUUGUAAAAUACCUGAAUGCUAGAUAAAAUCUGUACUACGGAAAAUGACUUCUACAUAUGAUGACUUACUGUGCUUAGGUAACUUUUUGCUAGCAGUGACAUGUUGAUGCCUUAUUCUACUGAAGGUGGUACACUUUUAAGAGUAAUUGAAAAUGAAGAUGAUACAGUAGUGUUGUGUAAUUUUUAACAGCUUAACAGAAACAUAUUCAGUUGUGAAAUACAGAAUAAGCUCAAUCAGAGGUAUUCAAAUCUGUUUUUUUUUUUGUUUUUUUUAGUGUUUUUUAGUGUGACAGAAACAUUUUGUAACUUCUGUAGUGGUACUUAAAGCUGAACCCAUACUAGCGAAAUGUUUCUGCUGCGUUGUUGAGAACAAUUUACUUUCUAGACGAGCAGUGGAGGUCUAAAAAUAUGAA